UUUUGUUGAAAACUACUUAUACAUUCAUAGCUCAGUUGUAGAAUAGUUUACAAAUGAGUAAAAUAUUGCAGUAACUUGUAUAGCGUCCGAUUAGGCUACAAUUUAUGAUUGCACAUUGUUUACGUAUGAGUGAUGGCAAUUGUUAGCUAAAACAUUCUCCUACAUUGUAAUUUUGUUCGGGUUUUCAUACCUUUUUUUCUGCGCCUUGGUGCUGACAAAUGCUUAUGUUUGUUGGAGGAAACUCUUUGUCGUGAUUUGGAUAUAUAUGCAACAAAAGUUACUCUUCGAACACACCGACUGUGCUUUGCGUUUCGAUACACCAGGAGUACAUUCAUUUCCAAUGGAACGCUGCGUUUGCCUCUCAGCAUUUUGUUGCAGAGGCAGUUGUAGUGCGUUCUGUGUGGUGCAUACGCUGGAUUUAUCGAACGUAUGCAUCAAAUUGUAUGUGUAGACUUACUUGACAGAAAGUAGCAAAAUGUGAAUGUUGAAUUUUUGUUGCACACAUAUCCAGUAAAAACACGUGGGAUAACAUAAUAAAAACAGUUAGACUGUACAAUCUCUUUACAUGUUUUAUUAAUUUAUUUGCCAAGUAUAUUAUUUAUUCGAUGACAUCCACAAAUUAAUUAUGAGAGCCUAUAAUAUAAUUUCCCACCAAAAUGCAAUAAUAAAUAGUCAAGAUAGCAGAGUAGGCUCUUUCAACAAUGAGACCAACGUUGAGGAAGGUGGUCUUGAUCGCGCUGUUGGGCCGGGACCAGCCCCGCCGAAAGCGCAGGUCUGUUUGGGUCCAGAUUUGAUUAAAGUCCUGAAAGCAGGCAGGGGAGUUCCACCGUCUCAUUCAAGAGCUUCGACUGUUUGGAGAGGAAUUCCGACGUUACUUUCGUCUGGACCAAAGCCAGUUCGAUCAUCUGCUCCAGAUGGUUGGAGCCAGGAUCGCCCGGGUGGAUACCAACUACGGGAGUCCACCAGCCGUUGAACGCCUGGCGAUUUGUCUCCGAUUCUUGGCAACAGGGGACUCCUUACAGGACCAUUGGAAUCAGCUUCCGAGUUGGACGGUCCACGGUGGCAGGCAUUGUUCCCUCUGUGGCACAAGCCAUUUGGGACUGUCUGGUUGGUGAAUACAUGCCUGUCCCCAAGGAGGAAGACUGGUGGGCCAUCGCUGCUGAGUUCCUGCAGAGGUGGAAUUUCCCCAACGGUCUUGGCUCCGUUGACGGGAAACAUGUAGUAAUCCAGGCUCGCAAUUCUACAACAACUGUACAUAUUAAGUUGUACUCUUGACUGUUGUAGAUGCCAUUUACUAUUUCUGUGUUGUUGGUGCUUACGGCAAGGGAAGUGAUGGUGGGACCCUCCGGGACUCUGCUUUCGGCCAGGCACUUCAUAAUGGCAUCCUGGAGAUUCCACCACCUGCAUCACUCCCUGGAGCUGAAGACCUGGGACCUGUUCCCCAUGUCUUCGUCGGCGACGAGGCCUUCCCUUUAAGACCCAACCUCAUGAGGCCCUACGCUGGACACCAGUUGCCAUUGCCAAAGCCUUUAAGGAUCUUUAACAAACGACUGUCCAGGGCAAGCCUCUUCAGUGUUGGUACCAGGCUCAUGGCAAAGAGGGUCUCUUCAUCCUCUUUCCUGUGAGCAUCAGGUUGGGCUGCAUCGCUCUCGACGGCUUGGAGGAGCCUCUGCUGAAAUGAAAUCCGUGCCACAUUUUGACUAAAGAGUUGGUUCCUGCAAUACUUCAGGAAAAUGACGGCCAUCAACGCUCCACGGGACAAGUAUAAUGCAGUGUGGAUAAUUUUUUUCAUCCUUGGCUUGGGAACCCUCCUGCCAUGGAAUUUCUUCAUGACUGCAACCAUGUACUUCACCAACCGACUGAAGGACCCGGCCGUUGAGGGCUCAGCCAUUCUGACAGCCAACACCACAGUGGUGGAGGGAGACACGAGGAGCAUCCUAGAGUCCAAGUUCAACAACGUGAUGACCCUGUGCGCCAUGGUGCCCCUGCUCAUCUUCACCUGCCUCAACUCCUUCAUCCACCAGAGGAUUCCUCAGAAUUGGCGUAUCGCCGGCUGCCUGUCUGUGAUCCUGGUGGUGUUUCUGUUGACGGCGGUGCUGGUCAAAGUGGACAUGGGCCCUCUCCCCUUCUUCUCUCUCACCAUCAUCAAAAUCAUCUGCAUCAAUUCGUUUGGGGCAGUGCUGCAAGGCAGUCUGUUUGGCCUGGCUGCAAUGCUGCCGGCCUCCUACACCGCACCUAUCAUGAGUGGACAGGGUCUCGCUGGAACCUUCGCUGCCUUCUCCAUGAUCUGUGCCCUGGCCAGUGGCUCAGCCCUGCAGGACAGUGCCUUUGGCUACUUCAUCACUGCGUGCGUGGUCAUCUUCCUGGCCAUCUUGUCCUACCUCGCUCUGCCCAGUAUGGAGUUUUUCCAGUACUACCUGGAAAGUAAUGGAUCCAAGCCAGCCGGCGGAGAUGAGGAGAACAAGAUGAACCUAUUGAAAAAAGACAGCCCAGCAGAGAAGAGGCCAGUGGUCAGUCUGACAGAGGAGGAAGCCAAGCCCACGAUAUCUGUGUUUGCCAUCUUUAAACAGAUCUGGGUAAUGGCCCUCUCUGUGUGCUUCGUGUUCACCAUCACCAUCGGAACUUUUCCUGCAGUCACAGUUGAUGUCAGAUCCACCAUGGCCAAUGGAGGUGCCUGGGAUACAUACUUCAUCCCUGUGUCGUGUUUCCUGCUCUUCAACGUGAUGGACUGGGCAGGAAGGAGUCUGACGGCCGUGUGUAUGUGGCCCGGUAAGGACAGCGUCAUCCUGCCCGUCAUGGUGGGUCUCCGUGUGGUCUUUGUGCCUCUCUUUAUGCUGUGUAACGUCCAGCCUAGGAACAACCUGCCCGUGCUGUUCGCCCACGACGCCUGGUACAUCGUCUUCAUUAUCUUCUUCUCCUUCAGCAAUGGAUACCUGGCCAGCCUCUGCAUGUGCUUCGGACCAAAGAAAGUGGCACAACGCGAAGCGGAGACGGCCGGGACCAUCAUGGCGUUUUUCCUGUCUCUGGGUUUGGCUCUUGGAGCUGCCUUGUCCUUUGUUUUCAGAAUCAUUAUCUAGACCUGGAGUCCCCACAACACCACCCCACCCCUCAGAACACUGUCUGCUCCUCUACCCGCCGUGCAGGACGAGGGGUGGAGGAGGAGGUGAACUUUGCUGCACACUCAGAUGCAGCCAGCCUCAGAGCUUGAGUGUAUGUGCUUCCGCUCUUCCCACUGAAUUAUAAUACUCUCCAUUUUGAAAGAAAAAGUUAAUCUAGUUCAGCUGCCUAUGUAACUGCUCUCAUCUCGUGCUCUAGUUGCCAACAUGUCUCUCAUCCUGCAGGGAACAUGGUGGAAGACCGGAGAAGCGCUCUCAGCUCAAGGGAGUAUUUCAGCUCUUAGGCCAAAAUGCCGCUAUGAGCCGUAAAUGGUGCAGGACAUGUAUUUAUAUGGAUUGCAAAAUGAUUGUGAAACUGUGCAGCUUCUAAUGUCUUAGUAUGUGUUAUCAUUGAGUUGUAUGUGCCUUCUAGUUUAGAAUAGGUUUUACAUUUCAAUGAAGUUGUUUUAACAGCCUACGUCCGUGUUAAAUGCUCAUUAUGGUAGCGCUUUGCCCUGACAUGUAAAGGUAUUUUAAGCACAGCUACAACAAAUAUGCAGCUACUAAUUACAUGCGUUGUGCUAGUGAACGUGAGGGGAGGAGAGUUUUUGUAAACUCACCCGUUCAUUUGUUCUGUUAGUUUGUGCCAUUUUUCGGGUUCAUCAUCAAAACAUUUUGUAUCAGAACUACAAUGAACAAAAAUACCGACACAACAUGCAAAAAUGUCAAAGAUUUUACUGAGUCAGGUCAUAUAAGGAAAUCAGUCAAAUUUAAUUAAUGAAUUAGGCCCUAAUCUAUGGAUUUCACGACUGGGAAUACAGAUAUGCAGAUAGCACCAUCGUAUAGAGUUGAUCAGUGGUAAAAUGUUGGGUUUUAUUUGUCUUAUAUACAGUGAGUGUCUAAGGCCUACUUAAAUUAUUAUUUGCAUAAAGUACUUCAACUAA